AUGGAUAAUAAUGCAGAUGGAAAAUCAAAAAGCAUCAAGAACAUAAAAUUUUUUGAAUCAUUAAAAGGGUGCAUUAAAAGAGUGAAUGUUAGUGAUUUGUAUAAAUGUUCUAUUGAAUCAUUUUUCGAAAAAACAAAAGAAUCUAAUAUUGAUAUUAAUCAUAUAAUAUGCAAGAAUGUCUAUGAAGAAGUUGUUUACUUUUUUUACACAAAUGUAAUUGAUGAAAAACACGAAUUUCUCGCUUCCAUUCUUGAUGAUGAUGCUUAUAAUAAAAAAAAUAAAUUGGAAGAUAUUAAAGAAAAUAUAAAAAAGAAUAAAUCAAGUUAUUAUGAAAAGUUAAAUAAAUUAAAAAAUAUAAUUCUUGAAAAUAUAGAGAACUGUCAAAAAUGCUUAAUGGUAUAUUACGUUCUUCAAAAGAAAUUUAUAGAGAAUAUUUCCUCGGUUAUAAAAAAUGAUGAAAAUUUAAUAAGUAUAAUAAAAAAUGAAUUAUUUAAAAUAAAUUUUUACCGAGUUAUUAAUAAAAUUGUUUGUCCUGUAAAUAGUAAUAAAGUAUAUUCAAUUAUAUUAGAACUAAUGUUAAAUGGAUCGAAAAUAUUUCAAGUAGACAAUGAUUAUCAGUUAGAUAUAAAUAAAAUAAAUAAGGAAAAUAUGAAAUUAUUUAUUGAAAACUUUUUAAAGUUAGAUGAUAAAAAUAUAUAUAAUAUUAUAAAAAAAUAUACAAAUGACGAAUCAUUAUAUUUUUUCUGUGGUAUUUUAUAUAAAGAAUUUAAAACCAGUAAGAAAUUGUUAAUAGAAAUUAAUGAAUCGUUAUAUAAUAAGGAUGAGUGUAAUAAAAAUGAAAAGAAUGACGACGAUGUUUGCAUAAUUUCUGAAAACUUGGGAUAUAAUAGUAAUAAUAAAAAAUUGGAGCAAGGAACAACUAUUAAAAAUGCCAAAAAUGAAAAAAAAUAUAUAAAUAUAUUUCCUUACAUUUAUUCGCAUAUAUUCCUUCUGUUAAAACACACUGCGGUGGAAGACGGAAUCAAGAAAGUUUUGAAGGAAAAGAUAAUCCUUUAUUCCUUAAUGUUAAAUUCAUUAAGAUACUCAGACAAUUUUAUACAAUUAAUUAUUUUUAAAAUUAUUCAUAACACAUUUAUAAAUGACGAAAUUUUUUUUUCUAACGAUGCAACUAAAAAACUGAUAUCUUCCAUAUUUUUAUAUUGGAUAAAAUUGUCAGAUGGUUGUAUUAUUAAAAUGAUUAACAGUAAUUUGUCUGAGGAAAAUACUUAUUCGAAUAAACCAAAAAAAGAGGAUAAUUUUUUAAAAAAUAGUAUUAGAGAUUAUGAUAUAUUUAAAUAUAUGCAAUGCUUAUUAUGUGGAAUAUAUUUAUUAUUUCACAUAAAAAAAAAAAAAGUGCAUAUUAUUGAUAAUGGGGAAAAUAGCAGGAGGAGCAACAGUAAUAAUGACAGCAAAACAAAAACGCCGUCAAAUAUAUUGAAGAAUGAAGAUAAUAAGAAUACGGGAUAUAUAUUAGAUGAAGAAAGCACAAAAAGUUUUCACUUAAAUAAAUUUAUUACUAGCAAUGAAAGUAAUACGUAUUUAAUAUGGAUUUUAUUUCAAGAUCAUAUGGAAAUAAUUAAUAAUUUACUAAAUUUGUCAUUCAAAGUUUUGUAUUUUUUGAACCAUUUUAAAUUAUAUAUUGCAAAAAAUGCAAAUAUAAAAAAUAAAUAUUUUGAAUUGGCGUCUACUUAUUCUUGCAUAAACAUUAUUUAUAACAUCCUUGAUAUGAAUAAAAAAUCAUAUAUUCAUUCUUUUGAAGUGGAUGAAUAUACAAAAAAUCUAUAUAAAAAAAAAUUAAAAGAGAAUUGUGUGAUUUUUGAGAAUAUUGCUAUAUAUUCUCUUUCCCCUCUUAUUUAUAGCAAGGAUUAUUACAUUCGCCUGUUUUCAAUAAAGGUGUUGUCUAUCAUUUUAUCUGAUUCAAAUAUCCGUGAUUCGUUGGAAAAAAAUAUUAUUUUUGGGAUUUUUGAUUCCUUAGUGAAUAUAGAAUUUUCCAACGAUAAAUUACAAAAAAAUGAAGAAAAGCUUGUGGUAAACAAUUUAUUAUUACACAUAUUUAAGGCUAAUAUAAAAGAGAAUGCAUAUUCAAAUAAGUUAACAAAUAUAAUAUUUAGUGAUAAAAAAAAUGGAAUAAUAAAAUACCUAGUACACGUAUGUGAUGACGAUUUUAAUUUAAUAGAGUUGAAGCAUAUAUUUGAGCAUUUUUUCGUUUUAUUUAUAAAAAUAAUAAAUAUUGUGAUAAAUAGAGUUGAACAAGUAUUACCAAUUGAAAAAUAUAAAGAUUUAUUUAUGAAUAUUUAUAGCGUUAUUGAAGUGUUUAUGAACGAAUUAAAAAAAGAAAAGAAUAAGAAAUUAAUAUUGUUUUUUUUGCCGCAAACCAUAUAUUUAUGUCAUUUAAUUUCAAAUGGUAUAUAUAAAGCAAAAGUUCAUUCAGCUAUAUCUUUUCUUACUUACGUUUUUAAUACAAUUAAAAGUAUUGAAAGUAGUUUAUCAUCUAUUUAUGACGAUUUAAUUAAUUUAAACCAUUUAUAUGAAGAGAUAUAUGAUGAAGAAAUAUGCUAUAGUAGUGAUGAUGAUAAAAAAGAAACCAAAGACAUCAAUAUUUUGUAUUUUUAUAAUAAAAUAUACAAUAUUGAACUUGAAGAAAAAUCAAAAAAUACAAAGGACGUUAAUCAUGGGGGUAGCAUUGGCAACAAUACCAACAUUCCUAAUGGGAAAACAAAUAUAAUCAAUAUUACUGGUUGUAGCAAUAAAGAUGAUAAUAAAAAAAAUAAAGACGAUAUGACUAAGAAUAAUAAGUUUGAUCAUCUGCAAAAAUUAAUAAAAAAGUGUGAAAAAUAUAGAAAUAUACGGAUAAUGAAAAACAAAGAAAACGAUAAAAUGAUCUACAAAUAUAUAAAUUGCUUUUUUUUUUUAUGUGUAAGUAACACAAAUAAGAAAACGAAAAAAAAUAUAAUAAAGGCAUUCGAUUUGAUUAUUAAAUAUAUUAUGAAAGAUGAAUAUAAAAUGAAUAGAUCAAAGAAUAAAAGUAAAAUUUUAACAUUGCCACUUAUAAUUAUUAAAGAUAUGGAAAAUGAAGAAAAAAGAUAUAAUUUAAUUAUUGGUCCUUAUGAUUAUAUAUUAAAGUGUUAUAUAAUGGAUUUGUUUAAGUGUAAAAAAUACUUGGUGUUAUUUUUAUUAUCUAUAUUAAAUUUUACUAACACCAUGAUAUUGUUUUUAAAAAGAAAGGAUUUUAUAGAUAGUAGUACAAAUGAAAAAUUAAACAUAUUAGAUUGUUUUAUAUUAAUAAAUUCGAAAGUGUGGUUUUAUUUGAAUGCUACAAUAAAAUGUUUAAUUAAAUAUAUGGACAGAAAUAAUUGUGAUAGCAUUUUAUUACGAAUUAUUAAUUUAAUAAUUGAUAACAUUUGGAAAAUUAUUAUAUACAUUUUUUAUAGUGUUAAGAUAAAAGAUUUUGCUAUAAAAAUAAAGACGUGUGGAAUAAAUGUCUAUGUAAGAGAUGCACUUUUGCUAUUUUUAAAAUUUUAUUCGACAUGGAUGUUAUUUAUAAAAAAAUUUGCAAAGGCGGAAAAAUACCGUUCUUUAAGCAAUAUUUUACCGGAUUUAUUUUUCAAAAAGUUAUCUUUUUUAAGUAGCCAAAUAUUAAACUUUUUUCAAUUUAUUGAAUCAAAUAUGUGUUUAAUAACUGACAAUGAAACGAAUAUAUUUCUUUUAUCUAAGCAAAAGGAAAUUAUUAACACCAUUUUAGAAUCAUUGAUAUAUUUGAUAAAAAUGAAAGAGCCGAAUAGUUAUGAAAGCUGCUUAAAUAAUAUUAUGCAAUACAAAUUGAAAUUAAAGACUUUGCAACUUCCACAAUGUGUUCAUGAAAUACUGACUAUGUGGGAAUACAAAAAUAUUUUUAAUAAAACCAAAGAAAUUUUAUUGAACCAAAUUCAAGGCAAUGAUUUGUCAUUGAGGAAUAAAUUGGAAGAAGAAGGCGAUUCAUUGAAAAUAAGUAAGUUGAAUAUUCAAAAAAAGGGAAAAUUAAAGAAAAUAAUAGUGAAACUAUUAAAAUGCAAAGAAGUUAAUGAUUUAUCACAAAAAGAUGAGCGCGCAUUCCAUGUUUCUAAUUCCAAAAAGCAUGAUAUUAAGGAGCAUACCUUUCCAAAUUAUGAGCAAGAUAAAUCAAGAUCGGAUAUUAAAUCCAAUUUAACUUGCAGUAAUGAAAUGUUAAAAAAUAAUGGCAUAGCAAAAGAAAAUACAGAGAACGAAACUGGAAGAAAGGAAGAUACUACUUCAGGUGUAUUAAAAAAAGAAGAAGCAUUAGAAAAAGCGAAAAAAAUUUUGGAAAAAAAUGCUUCAUUAAAAACACAGAAAAGAGCUAUCAUAUUGAAUGAAAAAAAUUCUGAAAUAAAUAAGCAUCAAUACUUUAAAGAGAUGAGAGAAAAAAGAGUGGAAUUAGAAAAUACUAUUAAUAAAUACUAUAUUAUGUUGCAGGAGUUUCUAGAAUGGGACUUUUACGAUUUAGAGAAUUUGGAUAAAUACAAAAAUUGCAUUAAUGAAGAGGUUCCAACACGCUUUAAAAAUGAGGACGAAUAUCACAAAUUUUUUAAGCCUAUGGUAUUGGAGGAGUGCAGAUGUUCCAUAUUAAACAAGAUGGUCGGAGAUACAUACAAAUUUGUUAUUAAUGUUAUUGGGAAAAAAAAAACGCCAUAUUGGCUAAUAUGGAAUAUCUCGGCAUCUAACGAAAAUAAAACAAAUCUUGAUAAUUUGAAACCAAUGGAUCUAAUAGUUUUAGUUCCAUAUGACGAUGGGAAUGAUAAUUUACGAAAUGGCGAUAAUGGAGAUAUUAGAUAUGAUGAACUAAAAGAAAUUAUGAAAUCGCAAAAGCAUAUUCUUGGAUUAGUAGAUGUUGCUUCUAACAAGACAGAAAAUAUUUAUGACAUAAAAUUAAUAAACGAAGAUAAUUUUCCUUUGAAAACAGAAAAGAGGAAAAACCGAUUAAAUUUAAAUUAUAUAACAAAUAAUAAAUAUCAUGCAUAUUUUAUUUGUAGCUUAAUAACAAACAUAAGAGAAUUUCAAAGUGUGUACGGAAGUAAGAGUUCACCUUUAUUCAAUAUAAUUUUGGAUCCUGUAGAAAGUAAUAAUAAGGAUAUACCUGAAAAGAAGCAUGGAUAUAAAAAUAUAAACCAAAAUAGAGAUAAAAUAGUUAGUGAAAAGAAAGAAAACUUAAAUAAUUAUGAAAGGUUCAUAUUGCAGAAUAUGAAGCGCUAUAAUAUAUUAAAUGAAUCACAAAUUGAUGCUGUUAAAUUAGUUUUUUUAAAUAAAAAUGGAAUAUCCCUAAUACAAGGUCCCCCUGGAACUGGAAAAACAAAAACUGUCAUUGGUAUUAUAUCUGCAUUAUAUGCAUUAAUGAAUGAUAAUAAUAGUGUUCUAAAGAAUGGAAAACAAGUAAACACAAAAGAGGUGGUUUACAAUAAUGAAGGGAAUGGAAAUAAUAAAAAGAAAAUUUUAGUGUGCUCACCAUCAAAUUCUGCUAUAGAUGAAAUUGCUAAAAGAAUCUUGAAUGAUGGUUUAAUGAAUUUUAUGAGGGGAAAUAAUAGUAAAAAAAAUAGCAACAAUAGUAGUGACGAUAGUGAUAUUUUAGAUGAUAAUAAUGAUAAUUACAUAAAUAAGAAAUAUAAUAAAAAAGGUGGCACAUUGUUUACUGAUAAAAAUCGCGAUAAUAAAUAUCAUAAAACCCCAUAUUUAAAAAAACAAACUAUCAUACCUAAAUGCAUUCGAAUUGGGUUAUCGAAAAAGACUGAUAAAGAAAUUCAGCCAAUUUCAUUAGAUUACAUAUUUAAUAAAAGGAAAAAUUCGAAGCAAAAUGCUUAUGAAGAUCAUUUUAAUAAUCGGAAAAAUUCGAUAUCCUUUUCUCUUAAAGCAAUCGGUUUUACCUUAAAUAAAAUGAAAGAAGUAAGAGAUAAAUUGAACUAUAAUAGUUCAAAAAAAUAUUGUGUAGAUGCUAAUGAUACAAAAUAUAAUAAAGAAUCAUGUGAACAGGUUGAAAAUAUAAAUAAUUUUUUUUCUGAAGAAAUAAUAAAUAAUGUUGAUGAAAAAUAUUUGGAAAAAUUAUUAUAUUUAUUUAAUGAAUCACAUUCACAUUAUGAAUGGAGUUUCGAUAAAUUAAAUUCAGAAAAUAAAACUUUUGAAGAAAGAAAAAAAAUAUUAAUUGAAGCAGAUAAAGAAGUUGGUGCUUUUUAUUCAAAUAUUAAUAAAGAUAAUAUGGUUUUAGAAAGCGAUGUUAUAUUUAGUACAUUAUCUGGUAGUGCAUCUCCAAUUUUAGAAAAUAUCGAAUUUGAAUAUUUAAUAAUAGAUGAAGCUUGUCAAUGUGUGGAAUUAAGUUGUUUGAUACCAUUUCGAUUGAAAGUAAAAAGUAUUAUUAUGGUUGGAGAUCCAAAGCAGUUACCAGCUACUGUAUUUUCUGAAGAUUGCAAAAAAUAUGGUUAUAGUAGAUCAUUGUUUGAAAGGCUAUUAUUGUGCAAAAUUCCAAGUGUUUUAUUAAAUGUUCAAUAUCGUAUGAGACCAGAAAUAUGCUAUUUUCCUAAUAAAUAUUUUUAUAAUGGGUUAAUAAAAAAUGAUGAGAGUUUAAUGAAUAAGCCAUUAUUUUAUUUACAUUAUUUAAAUAUAUUAGGAUGUUAUAAAUUUAUUAAUAUACAAGGUAUUGAAUCAAUUACACACCAUAAAUCGUAUAUUAAUUAUGCUGAGGCUUAUUUUAUAUUUAGAUUAAUAGUGCAUAUUCAAAAUAUGAUGGAAAAUAAAGAUAAUGCUAGUCCAAUACCUCGAUGUUAUAAAUUAUCCAUUAAUUUUAAUCUGAAAGAUAUUGGUAUUAUUUGUCCAUAUCAAUCUCAAGUGCAUUUAAUUAGAAAAUUGUUUGAAAAUAAUUUCCCAGAUAAUGAAUAUCCAGAAGUAUCAACUGUAGAUGCCUUUCAAGGACGAGAAAAAAAUAUUAUAAUUUUUUCAUGUGUUCGAUCGUACUUGCAAGCUAUGGAAUGUUUAAAAAAUAACAAUGAAACGAAUACUUAUAAAAAUAAGAAAAAUAAAUAUUUCGAUACAAAAAAUUUGGAUGAUGACGAUUCAGACGAUUUACAUAAAAUAAAGUGGAUAAAUAAUAAUGAAAAUAGUAAUUCUAUAAGUAACAAAAAUAAGUUUAAAACAAUACAAAAAUAUGGGAAUAAUAUUGGAUUUUUAAAAGAUGAAAGAAGAUUAAAUGUUGCCCUUACAAGAGCAAAAGAUUCUUUAUGGAUAAUAGGAGACAAAACAAAUUUACAAAAAAACUCUACAUGGGACUCUUUAAUAAAAAAUGCAAUAGCAAGAAAUUGUUAUGUAGAUUUGAAUUUAAACUUUGAUAGAAGUACUAAAGACAAAAACAUCGAAGAUAUAAUAAAUAAUUUUUUUUUAAAAAUGGAUAACAUGACAAAAGAUGAUCAAGAUUGGAAAAAUGAUGAAAAUGAUGUAAAUAAUGAUACGAAUAGUGAAAUAUUUAAUUCGUCGAAUUCGGAAUAUAGUAUUAAGAGGAAUAAAAAAAAUAAUGGAUAUUAUGGUAAGGAAAAAACCCACCAAAAAAGUAGUGACGAAAAUGACAAUAUGAAAAACAAACAUAAAUAUAAAAGUCAAAUGAAAUUGAAUCAUAAACAUGAAAGAGAAUUCAGUUUUAGUAGAGUAUAUAUAGGUAAUCAAAAUUAUGAAAAGGGCCAACAAAGCGAUAAGUUAAUUAAGGAUGAUUUAUAUUUUGAAAGAAAAAAUGGAAAUAAAAGACGAGCAGCUGAUGAUUUUAAUGAAUUCGAUGAAGGAAACAUGAUUUUUAAAAAAAUGAGACACUAUUAA